GCUGCACUGUGCAACUGCACACUAUAAAUGCCUCUCCUAUCUAUGUGCACUCUUAUCUCACUGCUCUAUUUUCUCCCUCAUUAUUAUUAACUCUUUCCAACCUUUCUGAAAUCCUAGGCCUAUUCUUUUCAGAAUUGGUGAGAGACAAGUGCUACUCUAAACAGUCAAGAUGGUAUGGUGAGUGGCAGCUCCUGGGCCCUCUGGGGCUUAAAUCUCAAGCUACAUGGAAUGAACACAGGGCUGACUGCAUUCUUCAUUCUGCAAGAAGCCAGCCACAAUUCUCCGUGGGGAGGCUGAUAGGACUUUAAGAGGUUUGCUGUGGAGAGUGUCAAAAACAUUCCCACCUCCCUCACCGAGGCUUUUCAUGCACCUCUGCCCAUUGGAGACCACUUAGACACACAAGCGGACACGACACUGAAUCCAGGAAACCAUGCAUCAUGUCGGCAGGAGCCAGGAGCAGACUUUAAACUCUGCUCAACAUGUGCAAGCGGCAGAGAAAUGACCUGUCCAGACAAGCCGGGACAACUCAUAAACUGGUUCAUCUGUUCCCUGUGCCUGGCGCGGGCGCGCAAGCUCUGGAGCAGCCGGCGGCCAAGGACCAGGAGAAACCUCCUGCUGGGCACUGCCUUAGCCAUCUACCUGGGCUUCCUGGUAAGCCAGGUGGGACGGGCCUCUCUCCAGCACGGACAGGCGGCCGAAAAGGAGCCACACCACAGCCGUGACACAGCAGAGGCCCCCUUCCCUGAGAUACCCUUGGAUGGAACUCUGGCCCCCCCGGAGUCCCAGGGCAAUGGGACCACCUUGCAGCCCAAUGUGGUGUACAUUACCCUACGCUCCAAGCGCAGCAAGCCUGCCAAUAUCCGUGGCACGGUGAAACCCAAGCACAGGAAGAAGUACGCAGUGGCGUCUGUGACCCUGGCGCUGGAGGCCUUGGCUGGACCAUCGCUUCAGCUGCAGGAACCUGCCAGGGCUGUUGAAGCUCAAGUGCCUGGGUAUGCUCAAGGAGAUAACCUAGCAAAGAGACCCUGGAGGUUGGUGCGGGGUCCCGCAGUGCGAAUUGGAGGCUCAGACUGGCAGCUGCCGAAGGCCCGUGAAAGCAACAUCAGGAUCUACAGCGAGAGCGCCCCCUCGUGGCUGAGCAAAGAUGACAUCCGUAGAAUGCGGCUCUUGGCGGAUGGUGCGGUGGUGGGGCUCCAGCCAGUGUCUUCUAGGGGCGGUGCCCGCUUGCUGGUUCUGGAGGGGGUCGCCACUGGCUCUGUGCCCCGCUGUGGCCCUAGCCCCUGUGGGCUGCUCAAGCAGCCAUUGGACAUGAGUGAGGUGUUUGCCUUUCACCUGGACAGGAUCUUGGGCCUCAACAGGACCCUGCCUUCUGUGAGCAGGAAAUCAGAGUUCAUCCAAGAUGGCCGCCCAUGUCCCAUCAUUCUCUGGGACUCUUCUUUAUCUCCAGCAAGUAAUGACACCCAUUCUUCUGUUAAGCUCACCUGGGGAUCUUACCAGCAGUUACUGAAGCAGAAGUGCUGGCAGAAUGGCCGAGUACCGAAACCUGAAUGGGGCUGUACUGAAAUCCAUCACCACGAGUGGUCCAAGAUGGCACUUUUUGACUUUUUGUUACAGAUUUAUAAUCGUUUAGAUACAAAUUGCUGUGGAUUCCGACCUCGCAAGGAAGAUGCCUGUGUACAGAAUGGAUUGAAGCCAAGAUGUGAUGACCAAAAUUCUGCAGCUCUGGCACACAUUGUCCAGAGAAAGCAGAACCCAAGGCAUUUGGUCUUUAUAGACAAUAAAGGUUUCUUUGACAGAAGUGAAGAUAAUUUAAACUUCAAAUUGUUAGAAGGCAUCAAAGAGUUUCCCGAAUCUGCAGUUUCUGUUUUGAAGAGCCAGCACUUACGGCAGAAACUCCUUCAGUCUUUGUUUUUGGAUAAGGUUUAUUGGGAGAGUCAAGGAGGUAGACAAGGAAUUGAGAAGCUUAUUGAUGUCAUAGAACAGAGAGCCAAAAUUCUGAUCACCUACAUCAAUGCACAUGGGGCCAAAGUCUUACCUAUGAAUGAAUGAUAAAAGUUAUCUGCUCGCUAGAGGGCUAGAUGUACUUAGGCAGUUUUGUUUUGUUUUUAAAUAAAGCACAUUAUUUUUUUGUUGUUGUUGAAAUGAAACCAUGUCAAUUAAUACAUAAAAUGAGUGAAUUUACUCACAUAGUUAUGACGGGCUUGAAAAUUAUAUGUGGACUUAAAAAUGUUUUACAAAACAUACUGCUUGAAAGUAUUUAUCUUUUUCUGUGUCAUUUUGACAAAUGGGUCUCAACUUCUGAUACUGAGUAGUUGCACUUAUUGUUCUAGUUAGCUUUUGAAACAUUUAAUAGAGCAGUGUACAUCAGAGGGACUGACCUCUCUGAUAAACCAUAUUUUAUGCCAUGCUGAUGGAUCUGCUAACUACUAAUGGGGAUGGUACUUGGUGUUCUUCUGUCACUGAUCAUUGAAACAGCACCCCAGCACUCCCCAGGGGCAAUUCUGCAUUGGAUAAUUGAGACACAUAAUCUGCAAAGGCAUCAGGGCCUGCAAUGCAUUCUAAAUACAAAUGGGAGAUUAUCAGCAAACCCACAUUGUAUUUUUCCUUACAUCUAUAAGCAAAUCAGCCACCUCUGAUCAGCAAGAAUCACAUUUUUAUUCUAUUUUUGAAAUUUAUCUUGUCUUUAGUAUAAUAAUCAUCUGCAUCCGACAAUUUUCAUACUAUUUUUGCUUUUCUAGUUUUGAUCUAAUUUAUGUCUAGAGUCUUAGAAACUAAGUAAUCCUGAGGUAUGAAGUUACCUAUUUGAAAAUACUUACAGAGUAUCUUUAAUUUAAUGAAUGUUUAAUUUUUUGGCAUUUUACAAAGGAUAUGCUCUAAUUUGUAUAUAUUUUAUUACUAAUCAUGGAUUUCUUAGAAUUUGUUCUGCAUAAUUAUAUUUAACCUGACUUAAUUAAUAUUACCCAUAUUGAGUUUGUUGAAAUAUGUCAUAUGCCUUUUUCCAAUAUAAGAAAUAUGAACAAAAUAUAUUAAAGACUGACUCUGAUCAAUUCUCAAUGACAGCAAAUUGGAACAAAAACAGUGAUUUUUUACAACAUUGAGCCUUAAACAAUUCUACCUGAACUCCCUCUAUCAAGUUUUCAAUUAGAUUGUCAGGAUUUAGACACUUAAUAUCCAUGUUCUAGGUCUUCAUGUCCCUGGAAGAUACUCAAGAUCAACAUGUAUCAUAGAAAUUCAGAUAGAAGUUUCAAGUCAUUAUCUUUCCAUCCUCAGAUAGAAGUUUCAAAUCAUCAUUCUUUCCACCCUCAAAGUCUUAGACUAUUGAAAAACUGAUUUACUGACUUUUCUUACCCUGAAAUUUUAGAAUACAUCCUAGCCUCUCUUUUUUCAGCUCUGUCUGUUAUUACUGAAGUGUAGCACAUUUUCUGUGCUUUGAUCAAGGGUAACUCAGCAUUCAUGUGAAUUAGAACUAUGAAAGAUUUUAUAAUAAAUGUGAAAUUAGGAUAAAAAAGAAUGUAUCUAUUGAUUCUUAUUUAAGGCAAUGUAUGAAGCAAAGUGUCAAAAUGGCAUGAUGAAUACAGGAGAGGAUGGACCAAGGAGAAAGGGAUUAUUUGACUUCUCUAGACUCACAUUCAGGUAUUACAUUUAGCAUCUUUAUUUGCCACACUUGCCCUUGGAAAGUUGAUCUUUGGACCACCCUUCUCUUCGAUUUUCCAUCAAUGGCCCUGCAUGUCUCCCUCUGUACCCACAUAUUCCUGAUCUCAUGGGCUCUCAUGAGUCUCUACCUUCACUUGCUGUCCCUGCACGUUGUAAGGUUCUGUUUGUGUUGGUUUUGUGAAUCAGUGAACAACUGGGCUAACAAGGGUUUGGAGGUCCACAUUCUACUUCGAGCCACUGAUUUGAAAUAACUCUUAGUUUACCAAGGUGGCAUAUUUAUACUUUCACAGAACUUGUGAUGUUAAUCCAAAUUUGUGAUAUUGAUAGUGGGAAUUCCAAGCUCCCUAGAAGCUAACUUUAAUUUUGUGCCUCAAGCUAAGCUGCUUUCAGGCAGCCUGGUCUUUCUGCAAGUGUAUCUGACUUAUUUUGCCUUCAAUUAUUAUAAAAUGAUUAGCGUUAAAUAAAAGGUCAAGGCAUACAUGUCUAUUUUAGACAUCUUUACUAUUUAACACUUUUUUAAAUUUUUUUGUAAUUUUUUUGUAAUUAGUGAAUAAUUCAUAAUGUCUUAUUUUUCAGUAAUGGGUAGUUGAAGGCCAGGCUUCUAAUUCUAAUAACUAAUGCUCUUCUUUUCUCUUAUGGAAAUAAUGAGAGUACUCUGUGCAUUUCAAAUGCACUCAGAUUAUAUAAUGCUUUGGUUCAAAUAAGUAUAUAAGUGACUUAUUUAUAAUUUUAUAACAAAUAUGAAAUAGACUAAUUUACCUUGGCAGAUGUAUAAAAAACUUACUUUUGUUUGACUUAUUUUCUUUAAUCUGAUGGUAUGAAAAUAAAUUUGUAUCUUAAAAAAAUCUAUAAUAAAACAUUGGAAAUUAAA